AUGUGUACAGCGCUUACGUUUCAACCUCGCUGUGAUUUGCCUGUUAUUCAUCGUAAAUUGAUGCCAACUGCAAUGGAACGACUCAUAUGGGGUUUUGGAGAUGGAUCAACAAUGUCUGUCGUUUCAACAAUAGCUGGAAAAGUUGGUUGUGCUAUCUGUUGGGAGAAUUAUAUGCCCGCUUAUCGAAUGCAUCCUUAUAAUCAACAAGUCGAAUUAUGGUGUGCACCCACUGUUGAUGAUCGAGAAAUGUGGGGUGUGACUAUGAGACAUAUCGCUUACGAAGGUCGAUGUUUUGUAUUAGGUGCUUGUCAAUAUCUGACACGAAAAGAUUGUCCACAAGAUUAUGAACAUAUUCCAGAUGACAAUAUACUUAUCAAAGGAGGAAGUGUGAUCAUCUCACCGACCGGUAAAAUUCUUGCUGGCCCGUUAUUAAAUGAAGAAGGCAUAAUUGUAGCUGAAAUUGAUCUGAACGAAAUUAUCAAAGGAAAAUAUGAUCUUGAUGUAACUGGACAUUAUGCACGAGGAGAUGUAUUUUCAUUGCAAGUAGAUACAUCUAAGCGUUGUGCAGUGUCAGAUAAGACAUAAAAUGACAUCACUAGACUCUCCAGUGCAUAUCAGAUCUAUGUCGUUCGUUAAAAUUUUACUAGCUUCGACAUUUGGUUUAUAGCAAAAUGAUAGAACCUUCCGAAAAAAGGGCGUACCGCAGUACUUCUGUUUCACCUGUUACGGUUACAGAGAAAACUUUGUGAAUACUCGACGACCACAAAACGAAUAAUAAUAGACACUUGAUGAAUCUUGCAUAACAACCGUAGAAGAGAGUUUAUCAUUUUUAGCUUAAUUUUAUCUACGUUGUUCACGAAUUUCAUACAAAAUCAUUUUCAAAAGACACGACAGUAUUUUAGACUAUGACAACUAUGAAAGAUGAGAUUUGGAAAAAAUCAAAAGAAAUUGAAGUACUUGAUGUAGACAACUUAUUUAAUCUGCUUAGCAAUGUAAUAAAUUAAUAACGAGUUUUUGUCUAAAUGUAUAUACGUAUAUGUUUAGCGUGAUGAUGAACGAGUUUUGAAAUCUCAACUUAAAAUUCAAAAGAAUACAUAUGUCUGCGCAUAUUCACUUUUAAGAUCAGUUUGUGGUAGAAUAAAAUCUUUCGAUCCUCUACUUAUACAUAAAUAUGUAUCUAAAAGGGGUGUUUAAUAUAAUCAAUUUGUCAUAUUCCCCAAUAUUUGUUUAGUUUUGCUGAAAAUUCGUACAAUUGUUCUUCUACGGAGUUGGAGAAAAAUAAUCCGUGAGCUUUGUUUUCGAUGUAUCUCUUUUGCUAUUGAUGCUAGAGAGUGAAUUCAAGUGCCAUUGAAAAGUGCAGAUAUUUUUGAAUACUACUACUAUACAUGGGCGAGACCAAGAUUUUUCAGUCCCGGUCUCGUAAAGUUGGUUUGAUCCCGCCCCGGUUUCGGUCCCGUCGCACAGUGGGCAUCCAGGCGGACAUUAGGCGAAAAAUUAAAGUGGCUCAUUUCUUUAAUGUAACUAGUGCAAAAUGUAGCCCUUGAAAUUCUCUAUCGAAUGG